AUGACCCUUGCAGGCUGGAAACAGUUGGCGGAUUCGAAACGUCAAUCAAUCUUAGAUGCGAUCCCCGAAAGAUGGAGGAUUCAGGACCCCAUCCCUCCGACGGAUGAGCUACGCGACGUAACUGGCGCCUAUAUACAACAGUUCCUAACUCCCCGAGAGAUAGAAAUCACUGAGACCGAUGCCCUUGGUAUCGCAGAGAAAACUACGUCGGGAACCUGGACUGCCGUCCAGGUGACAGAGGCUUUCUGUCAUCGAGCUGCGCUUGCUCACCAGCUGGUGAGCUGUUUGCAUGAAGUGUUUUUUGACGCUGCACUUGACGAUGCAAAACGGGUCGACGACUACUUCGCAACGCACGGAAAACCGAUUGGUCCUCUUCACGGCUUGCCGGUUAGUUUGAAGGAUCAAUUCCAUGUCAAAGGCGUCGAGACUACGAUGGGAUAUGUAGGGUGGAUUGGCACGUUCCAGGGAGAGAAGAACGACCCCCGGAGCCAAGUGUUCGAAAGCGAACUUGUCCGAGAACUCCGCAGUCUGGGAGCUGUGCUGUAUUGCAAGACCAGUGUCCCUGCCACGUUGAUGUGUGGUGAGACGGUCAACAAUAUCAUUGACUACACCACCAACCCUCAUAAUCGGCUCCUAUCAACUGGUGGAAGCUCUGGAGGCGAAGGGGCGCUCAUUGCGUUGAAGGGCUCUCCCGGAGGAUUUGGCACUGAUAUUGGCGGCAGUGUUCGAAUUCCGGCCGUGUUCAACGGUCUUUAUGGAUUGCGCCCGUCAGCGGGCCGAGUGCCUUAUGAGGGUGCGGCGAACUCAAUGGACGGUCAGAAUACAAUCCUGUCGGUAAUUGGACCCCUGGCAACCACUGCGCGCUCUCUGAAGCUGCUCUUCAAGGCCGUGCUCAGCCAGCAGCCAUGGUAUUAUGACCCGCUAGUUAUAGAACUGCCAUGGAGGGAUGCGGUCGAAGAAGAGACGCGCGCGCUGAUUGAGCAGUCCAAAUCAGGAUCUUCUCAGCUGGCAUUUGGUCUCAUGCACCACAACGGUGUCGUGCGACCUCAUCCCCCGAUUGCCCGGGCCAUGAAGAUCGCGGAGCAAACUCUGAGACGACUAGGACAUAAGAUCAUCGAAUGGAGCCCUCCCUCUCACAUAAUUGCGCAUGAAUUAGCCAUUGCAACGUACCACCUGGAUGGCGGAGCUGAUAUCGAGCAUCACUUUGGUUUGUCGGGAGAAGAGCGGCCUUAUCAUCUUAUUCUUGAACCUGGGCCACAAAAGAGUGCCUCAGAGAUUGCUGCGCUCAACGUGAAGAAGCGCGAGUAUCAGAAACAAUACAUGGAUUAUUGGAACAGCACAGCCCAGCUGACUGGUACUGGACGACCAGUCGAUGGGCUUAUUUGCCCUGUUGCGCCCCAUGCUGCGGUGCUACCCUGCAAAUACGACCAUGUCGGAUAUAGUUCCUUCGUCAACGUCCUCGACUAUACGAGCGUUGUAUUCCCGGUGACUCGGGCUGACAAGAACAUCGACGUGCCUCGGUCUGAAACCAAUUUCUUGAGUGAAAUAGAUCAACGGGUACACGGCCAGUACGAUGCUGACGCUUACGACGGCGCACCUGCCGGACUGCAGCUUAUUGGGCGACGGCUCCAGGAAGAAAAGGUGCUUACAUUGGCUGACUAUAUUGGGGGUAACGUGUCUAAGAGCCUGUAA